GGUCUAUAAGUCCUGGCGCAUCCCUGCCAGCCGAUCAUUCUUCGUCGAGAAAUCCGGUCGAGUUGUGCAGUCCGUUAGUAGUCGACGAAGUUGAUCGUGACAGGAGAAAAAGACAGAAGACAGCAUUUAGCAUUUCUCGUCUUCGAAGAGAUGAAGGGAGCUCUACUACUGUGCUACGCGUGCUUGCUGCUGAUCAACGUCCAGGCUCUUGGCAGAUAUCAAGGUCUAGAAUUUCUCGAACCAUGUUCCAGGCAUGAUCCGAAGCUGGAAGCCUGUCUGGCCAAGACGGCCAACACAUUAGUGGAGCACUUUCGGCAAGGUUUACCCGUAUUGGGCUAUCCAGAAGUUGAACCCAUUAUCUUGGAUGAAUUGCAUAUUGCCCUCGGUGGCGGACCAGAUGGUUAUCGAGCUCAAUUUAAAAAUAUAACAGCAAGAGGAGUUUCUUCCCUACGUAUUAGUGGUCUGAGAACCCGAUUGACCGACGAUGAGGUUCAAUUGCAACUUGCUUUCCAAAUACCAAAAAUUCGAGCUGCGGCCAAAUAUCGAUCGAGUGGCACUUUAAUAUUGGUCAAAGCAAGUGGAGCAGGAGAAUACUGGGGCGAAUAUGACGGUGUUAGAGCCAAAGUGUUCAUCAGGGCAAAGCCGUUUUUGAUUGAUGGUCAUCGUUAUCUUAGGUUGCAACAGCUCAAAUUAGACUUUUCAGUCCAAGAUAUUAAAAUGGGUGUUGAAAAUGUCCGAGAUACCAAUAGCAUAUUACUUGCUGCAUUAAACUUAUUCAUCAAUUCGAACAGCCAGGAAUUGUUAAAAGAAAUGAAACCAGAUUUAAGAAGGAAGCUGGUUCAAGUCAUGUCAAGUUUUGUGGAGAGACUCUUCGCUCAGGUGCCAUAUGACGCCUGGAUCACGGAUUAAACAAUUGACCGAUAAUUGCUGAAAGCAAAAAUCACCACUUUUAUAAACCGCGAAACGAGGCUUCAGGCAAAGAGAAAAAAUUCCCCCUUCGUGGAAGUCGAGCUUUUUCGCGACAUAACGAAGAGAUCUCUUUAUAAAAAUUACAACGGGAAUACCGGAUGACGAAUAUAUCGCGCUAGAUGCAAUAAUUAUUCUUAGGUAGUAUUUCUAAGAGUCGAAAAUAAUAAUACGCAUAACAAUUAACGUUCUUUCUAAUCUUAUAUAAAUUGUGCAAAGGGCGUCUGGUCUAUACAGAGGUCAGCUGCAUAUACAGGGUAUUUUAGAAAGAUUCCACGUCGAAUCUCAAGCGAAUAUCUUCGAAAACAUUGAAUCUGAUUUUUCUUUGUGAAAGCGUCAUUCCAAACAUUGUAUUGAUAAAGGAUAUAUGUAUGUGCAUAUGUAUAAUUUUUUAAACUAGACAUUAAUUACGAUGAUUGUUUGCCAAUACUUUUUUGCUCUUGUUAUUUGUGAUGAUUCGUAAUUUAUCUGAUUUUUGCUUUAUUAGCGAUGUUGAAUUAAAUUAACGUUAAUACCUUUAUAAGGCUUUGCAUACCGUACGAGCAAUGUUAUGUUUAAAUUAUUCGUACAAUAAGUAUGUACUUUUAUUAUAAUUAAAUAAAGUAUCUACUUUUAUUAUAAUUAAAUAACACACGAUUUUAAUCAGAAUAAGGUUUGUCGAAAAAAUU